AUGUUCUACUUGAAACCUAUAUCACAAAAAAAUCUACAUCACAAACGAGAGAUUCAGCUGGGUUCCAGGGCGAAACCGGUCGCGGGCUGCCGGCGGAUUUUCAACAACCUUAUGAGUAGUACAUUACAACUAUAUACAUGUAUCGCGAUAUUUCAAAUAUCGUGGCGACUGAAACAUGAAAGGCCAUCUUGGGUUCAACAUGGAAAUAGACCUCACGCCAACCGAGAAUUCUCGUGGAAUACUCUAGGAGGACUAGACCAGCCUGAGUCCUUCCUGAACCCAUUGACUUGCGAAGAAACUAAGCUUGGAACGGAAACGCAGUUAGCAAGCUCGCUACGACUGAAACAUGAGGCGGCCUGGGGCAGCACAUUCAGUUGUCUGAGAACAUCACAAACGAGAGAUUCAGCUGGGUUCCAGGUGAGUCUCUCGAAAAACCAACUUAGUUUGCAAAUGAGUGUAUAUUCGCGUUUACUUCUUCUAUUUUGUUGA